AUGCACAACUCCUAGGGAGGAGACCCCGAGCUGGCUGCCGGCCUCCGGGCCUCAAGCCCGAAAGGAAGAGACACCGGGGAAGUUCCGGUACCAUCUGGGGGCAAAGAAGCUGCCAUGGAAGAGCCUGCAGCUCCCUCUGAGCCCUCGGAGGCAGCUGGGGCCCCUAGGGGUGCCGAGGCAGCAGGGGAGGGUGUCUCCAUGCCCACCCGCCCCGUGCGCCCGGCCUCUCGGCAAACUUGGCCUCAUAGCCCAGCCCCCUUCCGCCCGUCACGUCCGACGUCCGCCCAGGCCUUAGGGGGCGGGGCCGUGCCCAGAUGGCUGCCUGGCCGGGACAGCGGCAGCUGGACAAGGCAAGUUGUCUGCAGGUAUUAUUUGCAUGGUCUAUGCAAGAAGGGGGAUAAUUGUCAAUACUCCCAUGAUACCUCAGGCCGGCAGGAGGCCAGGGAGGGCCACGGCGGUGAGCCUGACACCUCUGCAGGUGAAGGCACAAGUAUGGCUGCGCACAUGGAGCCCCUGCCUCAGGAAGUGGCGGAAGCCCCACCUGCUGCUUCCUCAAGCUCCUUGCCUCUGAUUGGCUCGGCUCCUGAAAGGGAUUUCUUUGAAGCCGAGGCAGACAAUGCAGGCCUAGAAGCUGCCGGAGGAUCAGAUGCAGAAGGCUGGGAGGGUGCUGUUGAGUUUGUUCCCGGGCAACCUUAUCGGGGCCGCAGCAUUCCUUCUGUCUCUGGCGCUCCUCUACAGAGCUUAGUGACUGAGAGGGAGCAGUUUGCUGAGGGCCUGGUGGAGGAGCUUUGCCCCGACGCUAUCAUGGGUCAGUGCUUUCGUGGGGAGAACUGUAUGUACCUCCAUGGAGACAUGUGCGAAUUGUGUGGGCUGCAGGUCUUGCACCCCGUGGAUGAUGCCCAGAGGGCAGAGCAUAUAACGGCCUGCAUUGAAGCACACGAGAGGGAUAUGGAACUCUCAUUUGCGGUGCAACGCAGUGCGGACAAAGUGUGUGGCAUCUGCAUGGAGGUUGUCUAUGAGAAAGCCAACCCCAAUGAUUGCCGCUUUGGCAUCCUGUCCAGCUGCAACCACACCUUCUGUCUCAAGUGUAUCCGCAGGUGGAGGAGUGCCAGACAUUUUGGGCUCAGGGUCGUCAAGUCCUGCCCGCAGUGCAGGGUCGUCUCCACCUUUGUCAUUCCCAGUGAGUUCUGGGUGGAGGAGGAGAGAGAGAAGCGGAGACUUAUUCAGCAGUACACGGAGGCACUGAGCGACAAGACCUGCAGGUAUUUUGCUCGAGGCAGGGUCUGCCCAUUUGAAGAGACCUGUUUUUACAGGCAUGAGUUGCCCGAGGACCAGGGAGAGGAGCCUCAAGAGCAGGGUGCUGAGGCAUCUGGCAGUGGCCACGGUCUAUUUUUGGAGCCUCCGCAGGUGGGAGAGGGCACCAUGCCCUUUAAAAGCACUAAAAAAGAGCUUGUCAUGCUUUGGCUGGCCAAUCCGUUGUGUAAGUGUUUUCUUUCACGGGGCGCUUAUGAACUCCCCUUCUCAGAGGACCAGUGGGACUUGCUUCAUUGUGAGCUGGAAGAACAUUUCAAUUUGAAUCUGUGGCAUUAUGCUGUGGCAUGUUGUCUGGUGUGCUGAGGCUCUGUCAUCUGCUAUUGCCUGUGUUUUUGUUUAUAGACACAUCUGUCACAGGGGCUGUUGAAACCAUUUUUAUAGAACAUCCAUCUCUGUUCUCUUGC